AGAGAUAGAAUCAUAGAAAUUAGAAUAAGGCCUAUCUAGGGCAUAGGGCAUAUACAAAUAUUUAGAGAGAGAGAGAGAGAGACCGUUGGAAGUUGAAAGGUUAGGUCUAGCUACAAGAUUCGUCGUCGGCCGGAGAGAUAAUCAGUAUCAAUGGGGCGGAGAAAGCUCGAAAUUAAGCGGAUCGAAAAUAAGAGUAGCAGGUCAGUGACGUUUUCGAAGCGGAGAACGGGAUUAAUAAAGAAAGCACGACAUCUUUCCUUGCUCUGCGAUGCGGAUGUCGCCCUCAUCGUAUUCUCCGCCCCCGGCAAACUCUAUGAAUUCUGCAGCAGCGCUAGUAACAGUAUGGCACAUCUUCUUGCUAGGUAUGAGAAGAAUCGCCUAGAACCAGAAAGUGGGACCAUCAAAGGAGAUGACCAAGAUUUAGAACUUCCAUUGCAGUGCACAAAAUUCAGAACUUGUAAAGAGCUUCUACAGGAGGUAGACAGGCUUGUUGAAGAGAAUAAUACAGAGGAGCUCUCUCUGACUGACAUGACACAACUAGAAGAAGAACUUCAUGAUGCUCUUGUGCAAACACGGUCAAGAAAGACACAGUUAAUGAUGGACUACAUAGCCACUCUCCAAGAAGAGGAAAGGAAGUUAAGCAAAGAUAAGGAAGAAACAGCCAAGCAGAUUGCAUCAGUGGAGCAUAUAGUUGCAGGGGUUGAUGAGGUUGGGGGGCAUAACGACCUUGCCACUAACGAGAUGAAUUCGCUCCAACAUCUCCUCACACUCUCUCUUUUUAAUGCCUAAACUUCUCCGACUCACUAACUUUAAUUGCUUCCAGAAACAGUUUGGCGAAUUUAAUAAGCCAAUAAUCCAAUUAGAAGUAUUGGGCUCAUCUGGCCUCGUGGAGAGUCUAUCCUGCAUGCGUGUGUUUUUUUAGUAGGUAGUGUGAAAUAUGGGGUUAAUUAGUUCUGUUAAAUGGGUCAAAUAGUUCAUAGAGACUCUAUGUUAUUCCCAUUGGUCCAUUGGGUUAUUAUUACUGUAUACGCGGCUCCACCAUUAUUUUUGGGGUAUUUAUUCGAUUAAGAAAGGAAAACCCCACGUUUACUCCAAACACGCACGACCCACAACCCAUGGUGCUGCUUCUUUAGCGUGCAACGCUUCAUCCUCCUUCGACAACGUUUCUUCAGCCGAUAACACUUCUUUAGCUGGCGCUGCUUUAUCCGGUGUUGCGGCUUCAACGACUUCUUCUUCAUCCCACUCUCAAACUGUAGUUCUAAAUUUGAUGUUUGAUUUUUGAUUCUGUUAAAAUAUGUGUGAUAUAUUGUUUUUUAUUAUGUUGUGCCUCAAGAACGAAUUACGAUUUACGAUU